CCUGGAAUCUCACCUGUGGCUGUCAUAACCUUUGGCUCUCCCGCAGCGAGAACAAGAUCACCUGAAGCCAUGCGAGUCUUGAUUGUUGUGCUGCUGGUGGCCGUUGCAUCGGCUGCAGAGCAGAAGCGUUCGGCUGACCCGGGAUACGGAGUGAUUGGCCACGGAUUCGGUGGCCAUGGACAUGGCUUUGGAUUUGGCCAUGGUGGGUUCGGCCAUGGCCUCGGCUUUGGCGGCCACGGCGGGUAUGGGCACGGCGGCUUCGGACACGGCGGCUUCGGCCACGGCGGCCUCGGAUUCGGAGGAUUCGGACACGGGGUCGGAUUUGGCCACGGAUUCGGGCACGGCCAUGGAGUCGGAUUCGGUCAUGGUUUAGGACAUGGCCACGGCCUCGGCUACGGCUAUGGACACGGCUUCGGACACGGUGGCCACUCUCACUCCCACUCUCACACCCACAUCCAUGGCCCUGGCCACUACCUUCACAAGCGUGAGGCCGACCCCGAGCCUGGCUAUGGCCAUGGUCACGGAUUCGGACACGGAUUCGGGCACGGAUUUGGGCACGGAUUCGGUCACGGGCACGGAGGCUUCGGAUUUGGACACGGAUUCGGCCACGGGCACGGAGGGUUCGGGCAUGGUCAUGGAUUUGGCCAUGGUUAUGGUUAUGGUCUUGGAGUUGCCCACCACCCUUACCACGGGCAUUCCUACGUGGCCCCGAGACUGCACAGCAACUAUGGCCACUCCCACUAUGGCCAUGGGUAUGGUUACGGCCGAUAGUUUCGACACGCGACAAUCAGCUGACCUUCAUGAACAUGUACAGUAUUUAUGAUUGUGAAUAAAACGAAAUAUACUCCUUCAAAUAAAA